GAAGCUGGACCACGAACGGGGGAGAACAUUUAGCGGCAACUAGAUUAAAAUACUUAGCGAAUGUUGAUUUAAGGAAUUUAAGCCCUGACCCUUUUUCGUCAGGGACGAGCGCCGUUACGUCGGAGGAGCAGCACGAGCCGGUAUCGCAGCGAGUUUAUUAGACAGCAGCCCCAAAAUAUUAAUCUGCUCGAUAUAGAUAAUAAUAACGCGAGAGUUUGCAAGUUGCUUCAAGACUGUAGUUGCAACUGUCAAAGGUGGAGUGGAUACGCGCAUGACCCAACACACAUUACUGUAAUACUGUACACGGCCGCCGAGAUAAUAUCCGUAUAAAAAACCGAAAUAAUCCCGAGGUAAGGAACCGAGGAGUGUACCAAACCCGACCGAGAUUUGGCGUUUCUGCUGAUUUUCCUUCGCUUCGUUUUCUUUUACUCUACCCAACUGUCUCGCAGCCGUCGAAAUUACUGCACUAAACAUAUUUUUGUGCCUCCCUUUAGCUCCAGCCAGCGCAAGGAUUUUUUUUUACUCCUCCUUCGUAAUAAAGUCGCCAUUUUGCUUCACUGCCUAUAUAAACCAUCCCGUAUUCUAAUAUUUUUCCUCAAGGAGUCGGGGACCUACCUAUCUUUUCCUGGCUAUUUUUAAUAUUUAUGGAGUGUUUAACGAGAAGACAAGAGGUUGAAGAAGUGCCUCGUGGUAUACAUAUUAAUGCAGGAAAGGAAGGGGGCAAGGCUAUUGGAAACUGGGAAUAAGGUGAAAGUAUCCAGGAUUUCUUUUCACGUUCAGACGAAAUUGUAAUUUCUCUUCUCCUGCCUUGCUCUUUUUUUUUCUUCUUCUUCUUCCACCACGUCGUCGUCUGCAGAGUGGGGGCACAGGACGACGGUGACGACUGUCCGCUUCCUUUCAGGCCCCCCAACCCCAGUCUGACCGGUCCUUGACGCACAGCAGGUGUGAUUGCCAUGUAACAUAACAUUGGAGGAAAAACGCCCACUUUGGUGCCUGUCUCCUGACCCCCUCCUCCCUCACGUGGGUGACCCGGGGCCACCCGGCCCCUAGCGCUGGGUGACUGCCCGACAGUUCAGGCAUGGAGAGCCCAAGUGGCCCCAGGCUUGGGAAGCUGUCCUCAUCAGGGCUGCCAAGGGGCCGGACCCCUAAGCAUGGACAUCCCCAGGAACCUGUCAGAUCCGCGCCAGGCCCUGAAAACAACAACAAACAUAGUCCGGUGUGUGAUGAGCCAGCAGAGGGGAAGAGGAAAGGUCGUCCUAAAGCAGAAGUGCAGGAACUGAGAAGCAUCCCUGCCCAUAUGAUAGUACAAUGGAAGGAAGAGUUUAAGCGCCGCUCCAGGGUUAAGUGUCCGUGUUCAGGCUGCUGGUUAGAGUUUCCCAGCAUCUAUGGCGUCAAGUACCACUAUCAACGCUGCCAGGGGGCCACCGUAGCUGAGAAGCUGAGUCACGCCUGUCCCUACUGUGAGGCAGUGUUUGCAACAAAGGUGCGCCUGCAGAAGCACAAGCUGUGGAACCAUCCAGACAGGGUUAGUAUGGAGCCCAAGGACGAGCAGCCUAAGCUUCAAAAGACCCCUGUCAAGUCCAACACCAAGAAAAGGCCUAUGGAGAACAGUCCCCCCUCUCCAGUGUUCUUCAAAGUGAAAAAGACCCACGAGGUGUCCACGCCGUCUCAGAACGGGGAGCUGGCCCACCAGAGGAGCGAGAAGAAACAGCACAGCCACAGUCAGCCUUCGCAGCAGAUUCACCAGUCCCAGCCAGUCCAGCCUCAGUCCCAGCAGUCACAGUCUCAGAGCACGUCGUCCGACGCGGGGGGCAGUGAAAGUGAGGGGGGAAGCCUUCCCCCUUCUUUCCCUGACGAAGACCCAGAGCGAAUGAGGCACAGACGGAAGCAGAAAACACCUAAGAAAUUCACUGGAGAGCAGCCUUCUAUAUCUGGAACAUUUGGAUUGAAAGGAAUGACUAAGGUAGAGGAGAAGCUGAAGGCGGGCCGUGCAAAGAGAUCAGAGGGGAGUGGGUUCAGUGAGGAGCCCCAGAGAAGAGCUCCAAGUCAGUCUACUAAGAAAGACCCAGCCACAACAAGCUCUGGUGCUGUUCCUGAUACCCAAUGGCAGCGAGCGAUCUCAGAGCGAGGCGAAGUGGUGUGUCCCACCUGCUCCAUUGUCACCAGGAAAACAAUCCACGGCCUCAAGAAACACAUGGAGAUUUGCCAGAAGCUGCAGGAUGCCCUGAAGUGCCAGCAGUGCCACAAACAGUUCAGGUCAAAGGCCGGCCUCAACUACCACACCAUGGCUGAGCACACCACCAAGCCCUCGGGGAGCGAAGGCCAGACGGGCGACAAGCACAAGGAGAGAGAAAGGCUGCGCAGAGUGCUCAAACAGAUGGGACGAAUCAAAUGUCCUAGUGAGGGCUGUUCAGCCCACUUUUCCAGUCUGAUGGGCUACCAGUACCACCAGAAACGUUGUGGCAGCGAGUUCUCUGACGAUGAGAAGCCUGUGUUUCUGUGUCAGCACUGUGGAAAAACCUACCGCUCCAAGGCUGGCAGAGACUACCAUGUGCGUACCGAACACUCCCCGACUAUCACCACCACCACCACCUCCAACAACAACAAGGACAAUAUCACUGACACAAACAACAACACCGGCAAAGAGAGGGUGGUCUCAGAAGAGUCUCAAUCAGUUGGCAGGAAGGAGCCAAGCCAGCCUGAGAAGAAGGAUCGGCAGGAGAAAUCCCCGUCCGGCCAGCCUAAGGAGAUGGAGAGAGAAACCAGGGACAAAGACAGGGAAAAGGAAAAGGACAGGGAGCGAGACAAAGAAAAAGCAGCACAGAAUGUGAGCCAGGGGGAUGACUUUGAACGAACCCCCAGUGGCAGAGUGAGGCGCCGGUCAGCUCAGGUGGCAGUGUUCCACCUGCAGGAGAUAGCAGAAGAUGAGCUGGCCAAAGACUGGGGCACCAAGCGCCGCAUCAAGGAUGACCUAGUGCCUGACAGCAAGAGGCUAAACUACACCCGUCCUGGCCUCCCCAACUUCAGCCCAGAGCUACUAGAGACCUGGAAGAACCAAGUCAAGGAGAAGGGCUUCAUCUGCUGCACCAAUGAAAACUGUGAAGCUGUCUAUUCCAGUGUGUCAGGACUAAAAGCCCACCUGGCCAACUGCAGCCAGGGUGGUGGAGAACUGGGGAAGUACACUUGUUUGAUCUGUCAGAAGGAGUUUAGCUCAGAGAGCGGUGUCAAGUACCACAUCAGUAAGACACACUCACAGAAUUGGUUUCGUGCAGCAGCCAGUCACGUGGUCUCCAGUAGCAAGGGUAACUUGCCUGAGAACAAUGGGAUCAAAGCUGAAGUGAGGAACGGUGCCACCACUGGUAAGAAGAGGGGCCGCAAGCCCAAAGAGCGUCCCUCUGUGGUUGCACCACUCCAAACAAAAACUGAAGCACCUACCACUACUCAAAACUCAACCCUUGUCGUGAACCCUUCCUCGGGCCCAACACAGUCCCCCACCCUGAUUCCCGACCCAACGGACAGUGCUAAUUCAGGCCAGACCACACAACCCAUCCACUCCGCCGCCAAACGAAGCAAACCCAAGAGGCUGUCGUUGUCAGAGUAGCUCUGCUUUUGUCGAUCCAGGAGCCAAGGAGGAUGCUCGCUGUAAAUGUUAUGCCAGAAAGCUAAUAGACCUUUCUAACGCCACAAGGACUUGGCACUGAGAAGAAAGUUGAAUCAAUCAACCAACAUUUAGUACUGACUUCACUAACUUGGUUUUGAAACCCCAGAGUUAAUGCUUCUAUUGUUAUAAACAAUACUCCUGUAACAGUAGUGUUUAAUUUCUCCAUUCCACAUUUUUUUUCACCUUUUUAAGGCACACAUUUCAGUUUCUGUACUCACAGCAAGGGUGGCAGUAGUAAUCAAAGAUACAAUCCUGACUUCUACAUGGUUAGUAUUUUCUAAACAGAGGUAGUAUUCUAAACAAACGCAGAGUAACUCCCUCUACAAGAUUCAUGUUGUGUUUGAGAGGUUUUAAAAAGGACAUUCUAUUAGCAUGGUGAAGUCAUUUAAUGAUAGCUAGUGUUUUCACAUUUUUUCACAGAUAUACUGUACUGUGUACAUAAACAAUAUCUAUAUCUAUAUAUCUAUAUACUCAAAGCAAUGAUGCCAUCUGUCAUUUUCAAGCCUGACACGUCCAAAUGAUCAUGAGCAAUCAGAAUUUUUGCAGUGUGUGCUGUAGUGCAAUGUUGUUUUGAACUUUUUUUCCUUUUUGGUUUUACUUUUAUUGUCUUUAAUUUUUUAUUUUUCAAGUAAGCAAAUGUCAUAUAAGCUAAAAUGCUGGUUAGUUGUUAAUCAUAUUCCACUCUGUUUUCCUACAUCUAUGUCGCUAUCACUUCAGUGACAUUUAUUUUAAUUUUAUCACGUCCUUUGACAACCAUGAUUAAGUUUCAAACUGUUAUUUCCACAGUUCUUUUACACUGAAGUUAAUAAGCAGGCUACCCCAAAAAAUGAUUGUUUGAUAUUUCCACCUGCAAGGUAUAAGUUAGUUACAAUAAUACUUAAUAUGACAUUGUUUAAUUGAUUUUAAACAAAAAAAACUUGAAGCAUUCUGUCUAAAAUAGGAUGUAUAAAGCUAAAUGUUGGACAGAAGGAUCAAUUUUGUGUGAAGCUUGUUGCACACUUGCAGCACAAUCAAAUGAUGUGAUACCAUUUUAACGGAGGUCAUAUUAUGGCCAAGACUUUAGCUUGAAUCAAAGAGCUGAGGAGAGAAUUAAAAAUGCUAUCUUUUAUAGAGAGGUUGAGGAAAGUAAUCUUUUAUUAAACAGAAACAUUUCAAAUAAAGAUUCAAGUAUAACGAUGAUAGAUGAAUUAAUUCCUGGAUGCUUAUUGCCUUGCACUUUAACCCUUUACCCGUCUCGCUGCCCUCUUGUAUUUUUGCACUCCAGGAGUAUUCAACCUAACCCAGUGGCUGCCAAGCAACAGGAGCGGGAAUAUUUUACUCUGAUUAAAAAAUAAAUAAACUAGAGAAAAACUAAAUUUGUCUAUACAUGGGUAAUGAGCAGCAUGGUUAACUCUUUCUAGAUAGUAUCUGUAAGCCAACAUGACCGUAUAAUUAUGACUCACCACAUAAAGCCAUAACUGGUCUUGUUGAAUUUUAAGGCUGCUCUAAUGUUACUUUAGCUUCAGAUAAAUAAAAAAAAUUAUAAUCCAUUUUUAUUAAAUAACUUUUCAAAUCUAAAAUGUGUGCAAUCAGAGAAUAUUUUCACUUUAACAGGUUUAAAGUAGAUACUUGAAUCCACAGCUAUAUUAACGAUUUGAGGAAAUGAAAACUCCAUAAAUAUUUGAUUUAUAUUUGCGGCGUAUGUCCAUAAAAAUAAUGACGUGCUUGCUUAAAAAAAAAAGACAGAUCAUAAAUCUAUUUUAUAUUCUCUUGUGUGUGUUACCUAGAUAGCAAUUUGAUAGCUUUGGAUAAAGUUGUGAUGUGAGGAUGUUCUGGUGAGAUAAUAAGGGUGCUUUAUUUGCCACUCUACCUUAAGGACCUGAUACAACUCAGUAAGUCCACUAAUCCAUCCUCCCAUUUUCUCCUUACUGGCAAGUCCUCUUAAUUUUGCACCAACAAAUGUCAAUGUCAUCAUUUAAAUCAAGCACUGAUGUCAGCAGAACAUUUUCAAGGAACAGUGAAUUUGAAAUGUAUAUGUCCCAGGUGGUGUCAUCCCUACGCUGUGACCUUUUAUAUUGUAAAGCAAAGAUUUGAGCUGAAUUCCUCCAUUAUUAAUCAACUGAUGGAGUUCAUUCAGGUGGGGAUGAUUAUGCAUGUGUCUGUCUCUGUUAGUGGGAUGGACCUUUAUCUUGUAACCAGGUUCAGCUGACGGGGAGGAUAAAUUAGACAAGCACUGAUUGGUCCUCGGACCAUUUCGAUAUGAGUUGUCCAGACCUUGUGUGUGUGUGUGCGUGUGUGUGUCUGUGUGUGUCUGUGUAUGUGUGUGUGUGUGUGUAUAAAACAGUUAGCACCUUUGUAAUGACUGGAUGUCAGGAAUGGUGUUAUGCUGUGGCACAGAAUCAGUUCAUCAGCUGCUUGUUACUCGUUUCAUUAAUAACGUCACAUUGACUGUGUUUACCUGACAAGCUUUGGUGUUGCAAUAUGAUAGUUAGGCACUGCUUUUAACAGUGAGUAUUUUAUAUUUUAUCACACCCUUUACUAUCUGUCUUCCUAUGAUGUGGAAAACACAUAUCUAUCCCGCAGUGUGAGCUAACUGCAACAUGUUUAGAGAGUACAGCAAUACACCAUAUUUAGCUGGUUUUGUUGGCUUGCUGAUAUUUUGAUAUUGAUGUGUCUUCUCAAAAUUGAAUGGCUUUUUUCACUCCCCUACUUUUAUUUGUUUGCUUUAAAAAUGCUUUUUACAUAUUAUGAAAUCUAAAAAAAAAAAGGUUGAAAACAUUUGUAGACCACAAAGAACAUUGUAGGCCUAUGUGUCGGCAUACACUGUUAUUUUAUCCAUUUUGAUGAUGCACAUAAAUUGAGCUUUUUCAGUACACAAUGACAAACACAUUGAGAGAGUCCUUUAUUAUUACCUAUUCAAUAUGGGACAACAAGGCAUAUGUAUGUGUGUUUGUUUCUGUAUUUAGUGCACUUACUAUAUCAUGAAAUAGGCUUGAAAUAGGAGUGUUGUUGGAGCUUUCUAGUUACCCUGACUGUGUGUGGUGUGACUUUUGUACCUGGGGAAACAGAAGGCUCAAGUGUCUUCCCUUUGUCAGCAAUGUUAUUUCCAAAACCAAGGUUAAUCCCUAGAAAUCUCCUUAGACAGUUGAGAAUUUUCCCCUUUUUAUUUGGACAACAGUGGUUAGGGUUGUAUGCUACCUACUUCAAAAGCAGGACAUGGCAUCUGCCUGUGUUGUCGGGGCCAUUGUGAUGAGUUUUAAGAGAUGAUGUUGUAGCUCAUAACUGGUCAUGAUAUCUAGGUAACAGGUGAAAUGAGACUAAUGAUGUAUUAAAGAUUUCCAUAUCUGAAAUUAAGCUGUAUAGAACCUAACAUAGGAGGCAUCGACACCUCCUUUGAGUCUGAACUGUUACAAUUUUCCCCAAACUUGUUGUAUUACCUGUGCAUUAGUAUCCCUCAACUAAUUAAUAAAAGUUUGUUGACUAAA